AUGCUGGCUCUGAGCGUGGAGCAGGGCAAGCGAAGGGGUGCUAAAGUUGAUCAUUUGGACAAAGAGGCUGCUGUAGGAUGGCAGGGCCGGCAGUCUCCUGAGCAGAGGCGUAACAUCAAGGAGAGGAUCUCCCAGUGGGAGAGUCGCAGCAAGGAUGUUUUAAUACAGGCUACCCCACUGAAUGUCUCCCAAUUUCAGUCUGAGGAUGUCCUUAGUAAUGGAUGUUUGAACAAGGGCUCAACUAGAGGUUUUCAUACUAAAGAUCUCACUAAAGCUCAGAGUUUGGCUUUAGAUUUUCGGGAAACCCAAACACACUCUAGAAACUGCAGGAUUGGUCCAAGAAACAAGCUGACGCAAAAACCGGUGUUGCCUUUCUCAGAUCCCAACACCAAUAAAAUGAGAGUCCAAGAUGAGCUAAAAUCAGACUGUAUCUUAGAUGUUGAUUCGGUGUCAAAAAAACUACCGCUGCUAGCAGAUGACAACGAAGACAAUAUGCCCGCUGGGAACUUUUAUACUUCUCGGGGUUUCUGGCGGCGUCUCGAAGGGGACCGAUUUCUUUGGGAAAAAGGCAGAACAUCCAUAGGGGAAGCUCCUCCUAAACCACAGCGCACGUUCAAAUAUCAAGGCGCUAAAAAGGAUGCAACGCCAUUGAGCAGCAGAUCACCACACAACAUGCAGCCUAGUGGGAGAAGUCGCAGAGUCGCCCAACCGCCAAGCUUCCCACCACCUCCAUGUCCUGUUGCCAGGAUCAAUGGACUUUCAAGGCAUAAAAGUAACAGGAGGUCCUUUGAGUAUGAAGAUGCAAUUCGUCCCGCUGCGAAGCAAGGCAUCGUUGAAAUCAAGGCCAGACACUCAGGCCUUCACCAUGCGUAUUCUGAUGAUAAUAUUUAUGAAGACAUCAUCUGUGAAGUGGCCAGAGAUAACCCUUAUGAGGAUGUCAAGUUAUCCCCUAUGUGUCUUCCUAUCACCAGACCUCACAGCUCAAAGUUCAACAAAAAACCCCAAAUCAUACAAGGGGGAUCUGGCAACAUAGCAAGGAGGACAAUGCCACCACUGAGGUCAACAGUCGUAGAUAAUCCCAAGCCUGCUCUGCCCCAGCGCAUAAACGCUUAUAAAAUUCAGAAGACACCUCAGUACAUUAAUAAGAUCGAGACAAUAUUUGAUGAUAAACGAGGGCGGAAGCGAGUGAAGAACCAAGGAGUUUCAGUGCGAGGGGAGACUAGUGGGACUGAGAGUGACCCCGAAGACAGCAGCAAAGGUUUAAAGAGAUCCGUUCACAAACCGUUACUUCUGAAGCGCAAGGCAGGCUACCGCACUCUGGAGAAAGACCUGAUCCAGGCACAGCAGCAGCAGCAGCUUUUCCAAAUGUUUGUGGUAGUGUCUUUGAGGAAAGGCUCCCCAGCAAACACCUACUCCCCUGAAAUAACGCAGCAGUUCCCCAAAAUGUUUGAAAAGUCAUCCAGACUCUCUAAGGAAGCUGAAGAUCAACUGAGAGUCAUCCCCAAAUUUUGUUUCCCCGACAUACGCGACUGGAAGCCUUCUGGACACACGCCAAGUGAGACCUUCUCCUUUGUCCUGACCGGGGAAGAUGGGAGCCGCUGGUUCUGUUACUGCCGUAAGAUCCUGCCCAGCGGAAAGGGCAAAAGGCUCCCUGAGGUUCAUUGUGUUGUCAGCAAGCUGGGCUGUUUCAACCUGUUUGCCAAGAUUUUGGAGGAGGUGGAGCGGCGCCGAGAGAUUGCCCCAGCAUUGGUUUACCCUUUUAUGCGUAGUGUGAUGGAAGCGCCUUUCCCGGCUCCAGGUCGCACAGUCACGGUCAAGAGUUUCCUGCCUGGUGCUGGGAAUGAGGUUCUGACUUUGUGCCGUCCUGUCGACUCCAGAUUAGAACACGUGGAUUUUGACACGCUUCUCCAAUGUCUCAGUGUGGGGAAUCUCCUGCAGGUGUUUGCUUCCCUACUUCUUGAGAGGAGGGUAAUCUUUGUGGCUGAAAAACUCAGUAUGCUGUCCCGUUGCGGUCACGCAGUGCUGGCGCUGUUGUACCCUUUCACAUGGCAGCACACCUUUGUGCCCGUAUUGCCUACCAGCAUGUUGGACAUCAGCUGCUCCCCCACGCCGUUCCUGAUCGGGGUGCUUGCUCCUUCUUUGCCCCAAGUGCUUGAACUACCUAUAGAGGAGGUACUUAUCGUGGAUUUGUGUGCAGAUGAGUUUGUCACUCAGCUCGGAGAUGAGGACUGCAUCCUGCCUAGUAAGCUGCAAGCAGCAUUACAACAGAUUCUGGAUGAGCGGGAAGAUAUUCUCAAGCAGGAUGGGGACACGACUGAAGACCAGACGGUAGACCUCUGCUCCCUGGUGUCGGAGGCCUUUGUGCACUUCUUCGUGGAGCUGGUGGGCCACUACCCUCUCCACAUGGAGUCAUCCAAUGGGAGCAGGGAGCUUCAGCGCGAUAAUUUCCGCAAGUCUCACCCGUCGCGCGGUGUCCGGCAGUUCCUGCAGCUGUUCAUGGAAUCGCAGAUGUUUGCCGGUUUCAUUCAGGACAAAGAGCUGCGCAAGGGGGGAGGAAGAGGGUUGUUUGAAAUUAGAGUGGCUGAAUAUUUGGACUGUACUCCUGACCCAGAACCAAGUGGAGUGAACAAGUUUCUUAAAGGACUGGGAAACAAGAUGAAGCUACUACAAAUGAAAUAA